CAUCCUCCAGGGCAGGCAAGGGAGAAGAUGGAGCCAGAGUCCUUCUACAACCUGCUGCAGCUCCCCAAGGAGGUGGACCCGCCGACGCAGGAGGAGCUCCCCCAAGGAGGAAAGAAGAGAUACCUGCCACCCACUUCCAAGAAGGACCCAAAAUUUGAAGAACUGCAAAAGGUGCUGAUGGAGUGGAUCAAUGGCACGCUGCUCCCGGAACACAUUGUGGUCCGCAGCCUGGAGGAGGACAUGUUCGACGGCCUCAUCCUGCACCACCUUUUCCAGAAGCUGGCAGCACUCAAGUUGGAAGCAGAGGAGAUCGCCUUGACUGCCGUGAGCCAGAGGCGCAAGCUUGCAGUGGUCCUGGAGGCCGUGAACCGGAGCCUGCAGGUGGAGGAGCAGCAGGCCAGGUGGAGCGUGGAGACCAUCUUCGGCAAGGACCUGCUGGCCACCUUGCACCUCCUGGUGGCCCUGGCCAAGCACUUCCAGCCUGAUCUGCCCCUCCCGGCCAACGUGCAGGUGGAGGUCAUCACCAUCGAGAGCACCAAGAGUGGUCUGAAGUCAGAGAAGUCGGUGGAACAGCUCACCGAAUGCAGCAUAGACAAGGACCAACCUCCGAAGGACGUCUUUGAUGAAUUAUUUAAGCUGGCUCCAGAGAAAGUGAACGCCGUCAAAGAGGCCAUCAUGGACUUUGUCAACCAGAAGCUGGGCCGCCUGGGCCUGUCCGUGCAGAAUCUGGACACCCAGUUUGCAGAUGGGGUCAUCUUACUUUUGCUGAUUGGACAACUGGAAGGCUUCUUCCUGCAUUUAAAGGAAUUUUACCUCACUCCCAGCUCUCCUGUGGAAAUGCUGCACAACGUCACGCUGGCCCUGGAAAUGCUGAAGGACGACGGCCUGCUCAGCUACCCCAUCAGCCCUGAGGACAUUGUGGACAAGGACAGCAGGAGCACGCUGCGGGUGCUCUACGCCCUGUUUUCCAAACACAAGCUGAAAGCAAGCGCGGACGGGGCGGCCCACGGCACCUCGAGCUGA